GUAUAUUUCUGCGAAUCAGACGAUUAUGCGAUAAGGAGAGGCUCGGACUCACUCUCUUACUCUCAUCUUCUCCUCGUUCCCGCGCUGUCUCUUCUCUCUCCAUCAGCCACUCUGUCUUCGUAUCAUUUUCUCUUCUUCGCUCGUGUAUCCCUUUACGUUUUACGUUUGGUGUCUCUUCUGCGCUCUGUCUAUUUCGCUCUGUAUAAAUCAGCUGUUAUUACUGUGCCGUAUAACUAACAGGACACUACUGACAAUAUUUUACUGUUCAAAGGAAUCAAACUUCUACUAAUAUUACAAUUCUUUGUAUAGCCGAGUUGACUCAUUAAUGAAUAUUCAACCACCAAACCGCAAUGAAUUUCUCAGCUACGCAUGCAAUGGAACUCGACGAGUUUGCGAAAAUCAGCUUCUUUCUGCGACAGUAUUUCUUGCCUUCUACGAUCAUAUUUGGCAUGACGACCAACACAUUAACCGCCAUAUUGUUCAAAAAAUUUCACAGUAAGGAAAGUAAAAUUGCUCCGUUGUUGAUGGCCAUCGCUAUUGUCGAUACGAUAUACUUAUUUUGUCUUUUCCUAACAUGGAUCGAAUCCUUAUCUGUGGAUAUCUAUGAAGCCCCGGGCUUGUGCCAAAUUCAAGUGUUUUGCAGUCAUUACUUUGCAUUCCUUUCCUUUUGGUAUUUGGCGUGGAUUGUGUUUUUAAUAAUUUUUUCCUCUCUUGCCCCAAAUAAAUAUCAUUCUAUGCGUUCUUCUGGAAUGGUUACUCUGUGUUUUGUCGGAAUAACUAUUUUCGCAUUUACAGGAUACUUAUAUAAAACCUGGACCUUCGGGACAAAUGAAUAUAACGGUAUAAAAAUGUGUACAAUAAUUACAGGAACUCAGUCAGCAAUGAAAUUAAUAUAUAUACUUGAUGCAUUUUUCAUGUCCAUAUGUCCAUCGGCAGUUUUUGUCAUUUUCCAUAUUAUGUUGCUUCUGCGUUGCGUACGCUUACCUCUUUACUCAACAGAUACAAGCAAUAACCAAAGCAUAACUAAUGGGACAGAGGAAUACCGGCUUGUUGUAGCUCUGACCAUUUUAUACUACAUUUUUAUUUUCCCAAAUAUUGUUUCACAAUUCUUCAACUUCAUUGGAACAGCGUACAAUAAAAAAAUAAUUUCAUUAUUCAAUAUUUUCCAACAACUUUUCACUGCUUAUUUUGCAAUGAAGCCGAUAGUAUAUGUAUUUUUGUCAUCGAGUUAUCGGCAAGCGUUUGUUAAUUGUCUCAAGUCUUUGUGCAGAAAUCUGUCGUGCCAAUCGAGUAAAACACGGGUAAUCGCUGUUCCAACGGACGAAACGACAGUAUAAAUUAGAACAGAAAUUUUACACGAUAUAGAACAAUUAUUGUGUUCAUACCUUAUCCAAUAUAUCUAAUGGCUCCAUUAUAACCUGAAACAUGAAAUCAAUAUUCAUCCCUCCGAGGUAAACAUACGAAUGUUUAUGCAUUGAAUCAGAUUCACUGAAUUAUGGAGAUAUUUACAGAGAAUGAAUAAAUAAGUAAGGGAAAGUUAGUUCAUGCAAGUGGACAAAGGAUUCUUUUCCAUGUUUUGUUUAAUGUAAAAUGCGAAAGAAAGUACUUUACGAUCGUUACUUUUAAAGGAAAUAUAAAAUCACUGUAAUCGCUGUCUCGAAGAAAUUCGAAAGAGAUAGUAUCAAACUACAAAAAAAUAGUAUCAAAAUUGAUACCAUACACACGGAAUUCUUUAAAAUAAACUCAGUCUCUUUUUCCCCUCUCUUCACACACACAUAGACACACACGUAUACAUUCACACACACACACACACACACACACAUACACACACACGCACACACACACACACACACAUACACACACACGCACACACACACACACACACACACACACACACAUAUAUAUAUAUAUAUAUAUAUAUAUAACUCCGUAUUUUUGACAUUUAUAAAUGAUUUCGUGAAUAUUCUUUUAAUCUUUUUAUCGCUAUAUCAAGUCCCAUUUACAUAAUGUAUUGAACUUUAACUGAUAUAGUCUCCUUUGGUGACCGGUCUGACACUGUUUUAUUCUCUCGAUUAAAUUACCUUUAUAUAAUUUAGUUCAAUAUUUUAUAUCUUUUUAUAUUGAUAAUGUGCUUAUGGAUUAUGCCGAAACAUUCUUUGUUUUUUAUUGUUGAAUAUGUUUCUGUUUAUUUCUUGGAACGAGUUCACAGUGAUUGUAGGAAAUGGCUUAUGAAACAUUUAUGAAACUAUUAAUUACAGAAACAGGUAUUUUAAACCAAAUACUUUGCCGUCUAGCCAGGAAGCCACAUCAGUAUUAAUAAUUUUGGUGAAUGUGUCGCGCUGGCAACAUCAUGUAUAUGGACAUAUUGUCGUGCAAUAUUUAAUCUUCUCCUAUCUAAGUCGGUAUAGACGUUUGCUCUCAAUCAUUCAGAAUCGAAUCAAUACGUAACGACCAUGUACCAAGGAGAAUGUUUUCGAAUUUGUGUCAUAGAAACCAGUGUGAAAAAUAAAAUAAUCACAGUUGCUGUAAUUGGCAUAAGUCAUGUAGUAAAUAUUUAUGUUGAGAUGUGGGAAUGUAACAUAAAACCAUACAACUUAAUAUUUACCAUCAGUGAAGUCUUGUUUUAUUCGAAAUUAAUAUAACACUAAAGUUUACUUCGACCUUCCAUCCAAGUGAGUAUGAUACUUCAGUACCAAUAACAAGUGUCAAGUCAUACAUUCUCGCAAGUGUCCAUUGUAACACUUUGGUAAAUUUUAUAACAUUAUAAGAAAAUAAAAGCCAGUGUCGGAUUUACCUAAAAUCAGCAUUUGACAAAAUAUGAAUUUUUGCUCAAAUGCAAUAACUUAAUAUUUUUCACAACAUAACUUCCAUAUUUGUAUAAUGAGAAAGAAAUCCUGAGAAGGAAAAUUUUGACAAAGACCUUAAUAGAGGAGAUUUGACUCUAAGAACUAAAAAGUACGUGUUGCUUUAUAUAGUUAGACACGAAUGUUCUAAUUCCCUAAUUACUUCAAGACCAUAUUAAACCGGUAUUCAUCAAUAAAUGGAUUGCUAUUUAUUCAUAAGUUGUUUAUGAAAUCCUUUGCAUGUCUGCUUGCUUAUCAUUUCUUGAUAUCAUAGAAUUUCGAAAAUAAUUAAAUCUAAUAAAUUUU